UUCAAUACCAAUCUGUUCUAGGCGACCAUCAUGGUGUUUCAGGCCGUGGCAGAGUAUCGCACACAGGUGAAGGACCGACAAAACUUAAAUCUAGUUGUCGAGCUGUCCAUAGCAGGAAGACGCAGACCUGAGAGAUGGACUUUCGAAAGAGACAAUAUGCAUCUUACAUGGUCAGACAGGAUGGACAUAAACAAGGACUUCAAUGUAACUGCUAGAGGAACUGGAACAGCCACUCUCUCAAUUCUGACGCUGUACUACGCCAGACCUGUUGAGAAGAAGUCUGACUGUACAUUCUUUGAUCUCACUGUUAAAAUGGAGAAAGACCCUAAGACAAAACAAGGAGCCAUUGAAACUUACCAGCUCACUAUGAAUUUCUUAUACAAAAGUGAUAAAAGCGAUGCCACCAUGACUGUUCUGGAUAUUGGCAUACCAACUGGAUUUACUGUGGAUGGCGAAGAUCUGGAAGUGUUGUCCACAGAGAAGGAAAGAUGCAGUCAGAAAUUUGAGAUGGAUAAAGUGAUCCUUUACUUAAAUAAGGUUUCUAGAAAACAGGAAGAAGUAAUCUCAUUCAAAAUGCACAAGCUGUUUAAUGUGGGUCUGCUCCAACCUGCUGCAGUCACAAUAUAUGAAUAUUACUCAACAGAUGCACGCUGUACAAAGUUCUACCACCCUGAAAGGACAGGUGGUGCUCUAAACAGACUGUGUAAGGGAGAUUUGUGCUACUGUGCAGAAGAAAACUGCAGUUACCAGAAGAAGAAUGGGGUCAGUGAUCAAGAGCGUUUCGAUAGAUCCUGUGAAGCUGGCAUGAAUUACGUCUAUAAAGCCACAGUGGUGGGGAUGGAUCUGCAACAGACAGUUGACAUGUAUAACAUGAAGGUGGAACAGGUGCUGAAAGAAGGUACUGAUGAUAAUGUUGAGGGGAAAGUGAGACAAUUUCUGGCUCGUCCCAUUUGCAGAGAACAUUUAGGACUGGUAAAAGGCAAAUCGUACCUCAUCAUUGGCAAAUCUGUUGACCUGCCAAACCUAGGUGGAAGUGUGCAGUACAUCUUGGGAGAGCAGACCUGGGUUGAAUACUGGCCCACACGAGAGGAAAGCCAAACUCCAGAACACAGGGAACGAUACAUGGGCAUCUCCGAGCUCCAGGAUGCAAAACGAUGCUGCAGUAAACAGGAGAAAGACGGGAUCAGAAAUUUCAAGCGUUUGGAAAAAGCCUGUGAAGAUGACAAGGGUUACGCUUACAAAGUCACAGUGGUGGGGACGGUUCUGGACAAAACCACAGACAUCUAUAGCUUACAGGUGGAGCAGGUCCUGAGAAAUGGUACUGAUAAUGAUGGUGAGGGGCAGUUGAAGAUUUUUCAGGCUCAUCCCAGAUGUAGAGAAUCUUUGGCAUUACAAGAACACAAGUCGUACCUCAUCAUGGGUCCAUUCACUGACAUGGAGUUUCGUAGUGGACGUCUGCAGUAUGUUUUUGGAGUGCAGACCUGGGUUGAAUACUGGCCCACAAAAGAGGAAAGCCAAACUCCAGAACACAUGGAGCGAUACGUCGGAAUCAGCAAACUGGCUGAUACACUUGCUCAACAAGGAUGUGUUAAUUAAUAUUUUUUUCUUCAACAAAAUAAUUUUAAAAGAUGUUAUUUUGGCCAAAAACUUGUUUUUAUAAUAAAGUUGAACUGAAUAUAAUUGGAAAUAAAGAAUGUAACUAAAUAAAGCCAUGGUGUGAUAGACA